AUGCAGGCUUCACGACAGAGGAUAGCGAGGCAAUUGCUCGCUGGGGGUAAGAGGAGGGACAGUUAUAGAUGUUUCUCGUGUUCUGCGCGGCGGAAUCAGGAACAACCCCCAAAGUCAACAAGACCGCAAGAUGGAGGAAAUCAGCAGACGACGCAUUUCGGCUUCGAAACAAUUGCUGAAGCAUUGAAAGAACAGAGAGUCGGCGCAGUCUUCUCCUCCGUCGCCUCCUCAUACGACUCAAUGAACGACUUCAUGUCCCUAGGAAUCCACCGCCUCUGGAAAGACCACUUCGUCCGCAACCUAAACCCGGGCCGAAACCCUCUCUCCUCCCCCACCGCCUCCCCCGGCAUGACUAUCCUCGACAUCGCCGGCGGCACUGGUGACAUCGCCUUCCGCAUGCUCGACCACGCUUCAACAAUAAACCACGACGCCCACACCACCGUCACCGUCGCCGACAUCAACCCGGACAUGCUCGCCGAAGGAAAAAAACGCUCCCUACAAACCCCCUACGCCCACUCCCCUCGCCUCACUUUCGUCGAAGCAAACGCUGAGAAACUAGACAUGAUACCAGACUCCAGCAUCGACCUAUACACCGUCGCCUUCGGCAUCAGAAACUUCACGCACAAGGAAGUCGCCCUGAAAGAAGCGUUCCGCGUGUUGAAACCCGGCGGUGUAUUCGCGUGCUUGGAGUUUAGCAAAGUGAAUAAUGCGUUGUUUGAUGCCGUGUACCAAAGGUGGAGUUUUGGUGCUAUCCCGCUGAUUGGACAGGUUGUUGCGGGCGAUAGGGAGAGUUAUCAGUAUCUGGUGGAGAGUAUUGCGAGGUUUCCGAGUCAAGAGGAGUUUAGCGGGAUGAUUAGAGAGGCGGGGUUUUUGGUGCCGGGGAAGGGGUGGGAGGAUUUGACCAUGGGGAUUGCGGCGAUUCAUAAGGGGGUUAAGCCUGUUGCGGGUGGGAAGGGGGUGUAG